UGUGAGUAAAGCAGUUUUGACCAUAAAGCAAGUUAUAAAACUCAUAAAAGUAAUAAGGAAAUAGUUGACAACUUGACAUAUGGAUGUUUUUGAAACAAAAAUUUUUGGACGCUGUGGAUGCCUUUCUGAAUAUUUGAACCAUUAGCCAAAUACGACUGGUUUACAAGAUUUUUAUGGUGAAAUGGCAAUGGCUUCUAGGCUUUUGUCUCAGUUGAAAAUUCCUUUUUAUUCUUCCCGUUUACUGACUGGGAGUCAGCCCUGCAGACGUAAUGCCUUCCCAGUUAAAACCUGCACACCUGUGCGACUUAUUUCCGCAACUUCGUUUCGACACUCAAAUCCGAUCCAGCAAACCGUAUCCGACGAUAAUAGCGGGCCGAGCGAAGGGAAACGAGAUGUUAUUUUUACCAAACAGCACGAUGAAAUUCGGGAACUCGUGAAAAAGCUAAUCGAUACUGAUAUUAACCCUUUCGUGGAUGAGUGGGAAGAGAUCGGACAGUUUCCGGCUCAUCAGGUUUUCAAAAAAUUCGGAGAUGCUGGGCUACUUGGUUUAAAUAGGCCGGAAGAGUACGGUGGAAUGGGAUUGGACUUUUCUUACAACAUGGCGAUGGCUGAAGAAUUAGGCCGUAUCAAUUCCGGAGGAGUAUCCAGCGCCUUUGGAGUUCAUACAGACAUGGCGACACCGGCAUUUGCGAAAUACGGCACGCAUGAAUUGAAGAAAUCUUUUCUGGAGCCCGCUAUUCGUGGUGAUAUGGUAGCUUGCGUCGGAGUAAGUGAAGUGGAAGCUGGAUCUGAUGUUGCAAAUAUCAAAACCUCUGCCGUGCGAAAAGGCGAUGAUUUUGUAAUUAACGGACACAAAAUGUGGAUUACAAAUGGAGCACAAGCCGACUGGAUUUGUUUGCUUUGCAACACGGAAAAAGAUCAGCCGAAACAUUUAAGCAAAUCCUUGAUCAUUGUUCCAAAAAAGACACCUGGAGUAACAGUGGCUAAAAAAAUUCUUAAAUUGGGAAAUCGAUCUUCUGAUACUGCUCAGAUAUUUUUUGAAGACGUGAAAGUCCCACAGUCGCACCUACUGGGAGACCCGGGAAUGGGAUUCAUUUAUCAGAUGGAGCAAUUCCAGGAAGAACGGCUAUGGAGCGCUGCUUCAUGUUUAUUAGCUAUGGAUCGCGUAAUUCAGCAUACGGCGGACUAUUGUCGGGAUCGGAAGGCUUUUGGUGUUCCUGUUUUGAGCAAUCAGAUCGUAUACUUUACCCUUGCAGAACUGCAGAGCGAAGUUGAAGCAUUGCGAGCUUUAGUGUAUCGUGCAGUAGCCAACUACCUGCAAGGAGAUAAUGUGACGCUUCUGGCCAGCAUGUGCAAAUUGAAAGCCGGUCGUUUAACUCGGAUCGUUGGAGAUAAAUGUCUGCAGUUUUGGGGAGGAAUGGGAUACACGGAGGAGGUUCUCGUGAGUCGGUUCUAUCGAGAUACCCGAGCGCUCAGUAUUGCUGGUGGCAGUGAUGAAAUAAUGCUCCAGAUUAUUGCCAAAUCUAUGGGAAUCAUACCAGAGAGAGUUAGGAAGUGAACAUUGUUUUGA